GACAGCAAAAGGGUUACAAAGGAGGAAGAUUUAAGGCUGCUCUUCUCUAUUUUAUUAUUAUUAUAUGUUUUCUUUAUUAUUUUAUAUAUUAGAGCUAAGCAUACGCUUCCACUCUCUUGCCUCUUCACAAAUCGUUGUGCCAUUCAAGUAUGGCAGAAGUUGAGAACAUUGAAUUUAAGUGGGGUAAAAAGAGAGGAAUUGGUGCGAGAAAUAGAGAUGUUCAGUUUUAUGAAUCAUUCACUUAUGAUGGCCUCUGUUACACUCUUUAUGACAAUGUUUAUCUUCACAAAGAAGGCCACUCUUUAACUUUUCUAGGGAAACUUAUAAAAAUAUGGGAAAAUCCCGAUAAAUCCAAGAAAGUGAAGAUUUUAUGGUUUUUCCGACCUUCUGAGAUAUCAAAAUAUCUUAAAGUUGAAUUGAAUCAUCCUAAUGAAGUGUUCUUGGCAUCUGGUGACGGAGUUGGCCUAUUUAACAUUAAUCCCUUGGAAGCAAUUGUAGGAAAAUGCAAUGUAGUUUGCAUUUCAAAGGAUAGCAGAAAUCCACAACCCUCAGAUCAAGAGCUCCAAAAGGCUGACUUUGUAUUUUGUCGUACGUUCAAUGUUAAGCGCUGCAUUAUUGUGGAUGAAAUGGAUGAAAAAUUUGCUGGAAUUGAUGUUAAAUUUAUUUUUAACCGAAUGGGUUCUCUAAAGCCCCCUUCUAGUCAUAACACUGAUGUGGAUGAUAAACAUACUAGUGAGACUGCUAUGGCAGUAAAUAAAAAGGUGAUUUUGUCUAAUAAGUUGAACUCGUUUGAGACUCAAAAUUUUGAAGAUAGACAAGGGGAACAGAAACCCGUUGUUGAAGAAACCUUUGCUGCUGAUGAUAGACAAGAGAAUGUCUUUAACUACAAAUCUGCUUCAAGCCUUAAAGCUGAAGAAAACAAAGAGUUGAAAGUUGAUGAGAAAUUAAAGUCCAUUGAGGAUUUGGGUGAGUUAGAUGAGAGGCCAUAUAAGAAAGCAAAGCUAGAUAGUUUUGGGAAAGUCUCUGAUUGCAAGAACGAGAUUGAUGUGCUUGUACCAAAUAUCAUUGCUUCUGAAGACGAACCCAGAUGUGCUGCAAAUACCAAUGGGACAUCAAACUCUUCCACGAAGCUGGAGUUGGGGGAUGACGAACUCACAAAACCUACUUGCAAGUUGCCGAACGAGUCUUCUUCAUGGCCUUCAAAUGAUAUCAUCAAAACUGAUGACAAAGCAUUGGAAGUUAUUAGUAGACCUGAUUUUGAAAUUGGUGUUCUGGAGUUAUCUCCUUCUUUCCUUUCCUUUUGUUUAUCCCUUGCAACAUGGAGUUCUAAUGUGCAUUAAAGAUUGUGAGCUUGGUCCUAUAAUGUUUGAAAUGGAUUGUUAGCUUUAGUUAUUGCAGCCUUAACACCAAUACAGUAGCAUCUGAACUUCAAUGCUUCUCGAAGUGAUUCAAUUCUUUCCUAGGAUGGUACGAUACCUAGUAGUUGAUCUCUGCCUCUUCUGUCUGUUUUGGAACUUGCCCAGUCUGCAUCUGUAUUGGCUUCUAGUUUUAAAGAUAAUAGAAGGCAAUUUACCCUUAAAGUAUAUUAGUGUUCUUAAUACAACUUGAAGAUGGGAUUUUUGUAGGAUCAUGUAUGAAUUGACUCACAACACUAGUUAGAAUAUAUUUCUCUAUCA